UCGAGCUGGGGUCCGCCCGCUCCCUUGGACCCGCGCGUGGCAGCGGAGCCUGCUCGGCCCUGAAGAUGCACGUGGCCAGGAAGGGACUGGAAGUGCAGCUGGGGGCCCUGCCCGUGCCGGUGCAGCUGUCCCAGCAGCGAGCGGCGCAGCGGCAGGGCCGCCGCGUCCUGCCAAAGCUCAUCCGGCCGGGGCAGAGCCAGCCCUUGCGGCGGUGCAAGCUGUGCCCCUCGCUGCAGGGGAAGGCGGACGCCAUCGCGGACAACAUAAGGCAGAAGGAAGUCCGGAGGCUGUGGGGGGACCCCAACCCCACCGAGGAGUCCCUGGCCCUGCUGGUGCCGUGCCCCCCACCGCUGCUCGCUCCUCUGGACCCGCAGCUCCCCCGGGAGCACAGCGUGUGGGGGCCCCGGGCCCCGGGCCAGGCCAGCGCCGCGUGGCACCCCAGGGUAGGACAGCAGGAGCCGCGCAGCCGGCAUGGCUCCGAGGAGUCUGUGCACGCGCCUUUGCCCGCGCGCCCCGUGUCACUGGCUGAGCAGACCUCUCCCCGCGACCUCUCCGUCAGCAGCCGGCACCCGGGCUCUUCCCUCGCUGCCGGUGGUGGCGUCUGCUCCUCCAUCCAACCACCAGCCGUGGGCAACAUCGUGCGUGAGAGCCUCCUUCAGCCGGACGGGCAGCUACCGCAGAGCGAGGAGUUCCUGUGGCCUCUUGGCUUAUCCUUGGCCCUGCCAGCCCUUCCCAAGCUGGGCAGCGAGGCAGCGGGACCAGCAGCAGCAGGACCGGCUGCGGUCCUGCCGGAGGAAGACGCUGGCCUUCAGGCCAGGUUCGCUGCUACCCGAGAGGCUGCGGCGCUGCAGGGAGCAGCUUGGCAGAGAGGGGCCAUCAGAGCGAGCAGUGCCCGGGGAGGAGGGCGGUCGGGCAGUGCUGCGGGACAGCAGCCGGCCCAGCACACCCCAGGCAGCCGCACCGGCACCCAGCACCUCCCGGGGCCCAGGCAGCUCCCCGCCAGUCUCCCUCGAGACGCUGCGCCGGAGCAGGAGGCAGGUCCUGCGGGCGCUGGAUUCUGGCUUUCGGGACAUGGCCCGUAGCCAGAGACAGCGAGACGUGCCGCAGAGCCCCGGUCCCGCGCCACCUCUUCCCCCUCCAUCGCACGUAGGGAAGGGGAUUGGCAAGAGGGCAGAGGGGCCGAGGGUGCCUACCGCGUCAGCCACGAUGGGGAGGCCUUGACGUGGCUCUGAGAGGGACAUGGGUGCAAAGAGGAGAGAAGAGAGGCCAGACCCAUCGCUCCGAUAGUCCAAAUAAAUCCCGUUUCUAGCCCCACGGUGGGAGUUGCUUGCUUUCUGUGAAGCGCCAGCCGACUCGGAACGGGAUGUGCCCGCAGGCUGGAGAGGGGAGCCAGGGAAAGGGUGUCCCGUGGGCAGGGUGGUGCUGGCUGCUGCGGGGGUCCCUGCCGGGGAGACAGGCUGCUGCCCCCCCUCCGUGCCUUGUCAGUGCCAGUGUGCCACGGAGGCCUGUAAGCUCCCUUGAUCAUCUGCUCUCUCAGCCCUUCCUGAUAGGGGAGAUGCUCCAGUCCCUUCCUUUGUGGUCCUUUCUUGGACUCUCCCCAGUAUGUCCGCGUCCGUCUUGACUGCGAUUACGUGGCGGCGUAGAAGUGGUGCCUUUGUUCAAAAUUAGCGAGAGACGGCCCAAGUUGCGCUUUUCAGCCAUUCCUGGUGUAUCUGCGAACAAGCGUUCUCCUCCAGUAUGUCCACGUCCGUCUUCUACUGGGGAGCCCAGCACUGGACACAGUAAACCAGCACUUCCAAGGGGUAGGAAGUGCACCGUGCACCGCAGCCCUGCUG